AAUGGCAUCAAAAUACUUAUAAAAAUAUCCAGUGCCUGAAGGUUUUCAUUAAAUAUUACAUGAUUUUUCAAGAGAAGUAUGUAGAUUAGUGAAUAAAAAGGUAUUGAGAGAUUAGCCAGAUGAUAUAAUAAAAUAUGGAGCAGAUUACUUUGAAAGUAUGGCAUAAGGAAAGGAAUUUAAAUUUGAAAGCAAAUACAAUAUUGCUAAGGGAGAGGCUCCAGGUAGAGUACACAAGCCACCCAAACCUUCAGAUAUGACUGAGAAAGCAAAAAUAGUAGUAGAGAAAUCAAACAACAGACCUGAUAGCCAAUAAGUAAAAAGAGUGGGAUCUGGGAAUCCAAACAAUAUUUCUCAUGCCAGUUCUUAAGGAAGUUAUCCUGAGGAGAAAAAAGCUGCAAAAGAAUAUGUGAAUGAUCUUUAUGAUAAGAUCACAAAAGAUAUUGAUGAUUAUGAGAAUCCAAAUAUAGGUCAUGAUGCUUAAAUUUAUUAAGAUGAUUAAAUUGAUUAAGAUGAUCAAAAUGAAGAAUUGCCAAAGUUGACUAGUUUUGUAAUUAUAUAAUAUUAAAAUAUUUAGGAUGAUAAAGAUGUGCAAAAUAUUAUUAAGAUUUAAGCAGCAGCUAAAGGAAAAAUAGCUCGAAGUUAAGUAAAUAAGAAUCAAAAAAAGCAGUCUAAAGAAGAUUUUAAUAAAAUGGAAUAGAAUUAGAAUUAAAAUAAGGAUGAAAAAUAAUAAAUUGAAGAAUAAUAAAUUGUUAAAAUUUAAUAGGAAGAAGAUUAAUAAUUUGGUUAGGAAGAAGAAUGAC